AUGACAUCUCCACACUUCCCAGUCCGAACCCACACCACCACCCGCUCCUUCACCUACUCCUACACACACAUCCAACCCAGCUCCCCCUCCAAGCCCUACAUCCUCUUCUUGCAUGGCUUUCCCUCCUCCUCUUACGACUGGUACCCACAAGUGCAGCAAUUUCCCCGUCUCGGUUACGGCAUCAUCGCGCCGGACCUCCUCGGUUUCGGCGGCUCUUCCAAACCCCUCUCACUUGACUCUUACAAAUUGAUAGACAUGGCAGCCGAUCUCCACGAGAUCCUCUCCUUACAUUCCGUUUCCGCAACGCAUCCCGCAAUUGGCGUUGGUCAUGAUUGGGGAAGUACCAUGCUCUCGCGCUUGGUCAAUUAUUACCCCGGUCUCUUUUCCAAAUUGGUGUUUCUGGAUGUGGGAUAUCAGGCGCCUGAUGGGCCGACGUUUAAUCUCGAGACGGUUAGGGGGAUUAAUGCGCAGAUUAAGGAGAAGGCGGGCUUUGAAAUUUUUGGUUAUUUUUUGAUGAUGGAUGAGGAGGGGAGUGCGGAGUUGAUGGAUGCGAAUCCCGAAUCCGUCAUGUCCUUGUUUUACAGCCUCGAUCCUGAAAUCGGAAAGAAGUACAUGGGAGCCACAGGUGGUUUCCGCAAAUGGCUUGAGGGGAGUAUGACGGCUCCUUAUCCGGGCUUUGUAACAUAUGAGGAUGUUGCACAUUUUAAAGCUUUAUUCUCACCUGAGAAUGGAGGAUUUGCCGCUGCGAAAAAUUGGUAUACUAUGCAACUUCAUGGGAUUAAUGAAGCAGACGAUAAAGCAAUCCCCCCCUCCCGCACCCACCUCUCACACUCCACCCUCCUCAUAACUUCCACAAACUUCAUCAGUACCGGCGCCGACUUUCCUUCUCUCAUGAAACCCUACAUUGCCAAUUUGAAGUCUGUUCAGUGGGAUUGUGGACAUUGGAUUCAGCUUGAGAAGAGCAAGAUACUUAAUGUGUUGUUGUCGCAGUUUUUUGAAGGGAUGGAUGAGGUGAGUUGGGAUGGGUGGAGGAAGGAUGGGAUUGAUGGAGGUAGUGAGUAA